UCUUUCCACUGGGUUCCGGAAAAGCUCAGGAGUUCUCCCGCGUUUCGGUUCAGUGACGUCGUAAAUUAAAAUAAGGCAUCCAGUUUAGCAACAGCAGAGAUGACGACUCUGCGAUUCUGAGAGUCCCUGGCGAGCCCGGGCUAGCGAAAAGUGAGGGCAGAACGAACUACACCUCCCAUUGUGCCAGUAGGCGGUCCCGCCCGUUUCCCCCUGGGAGUUGUAGUCUAACCCCCCCCCCUCGGAUCCAACAUCAACCUCAGUGCGUGAACUCUGUUAUCCAGAAGGCCUCUCCCGGCCGCCGCCGAAGCUGGAAUUCGUUGGUUAGUAGUUCUCGCCGGCAACUAGAGGAACCUGCUGGCGUGGCCCAGAAGGCUCAGCGGGAUUACACGAGGUUAGUUGCUAAGCAAGGUGGUCUUUGGUCGACUGCCGCCUGGACCAAGGCAACAGGAACCCUCAGAUUCAUCGCUACCCCCAGGCGCCAUGCCUCAUAUUGACAACGAUGUGAAACUGGACUUCAAGGAUGUCCUUUUGAGGCCCAAACGCAGUACCCUUAAGUCUCGAAGUGAGGUGGAUCUCACAAGAUCCUUUUCAUUUCGGAACUCAAAGCAGACAUACACUGGGGUUCCCAUCAUUGCUGCCAAUAUGGAUACUGUGGGCACCUUUGAGAUGGCCAAGAUUCUCUGUAAGUUCUCUCUCUUCACUGCUGUCCAUAAGCACUAUAGCCUCGAUCAGUGGCAAGAGUUUGCUGGCCAGAAUCCUGACUGUCUUGAGCAUCUGGCUGCCAGCUCAGGCACAGGCUCUUCUGACUUUGAGCAGCUGGAACAGAUCCUGGAAGCUAUUCCCCAGGUGAAGUAUAUAUGCCUGGAUGUGGCAAAUGGCUACUCUGAACACUUUGUUGAAUUUGUAAAAGAUGUACGGAAGCGCUUCCCCCAGCACACCAUCAUGGCAGGGAAUGUGGUAACAGGAGAGAUGGUAGAAGAGCUCAUCCUUUCUGGGGCUGACAUCAUCAAAGUGGGAAUUGGGCCAGGCUCUGUGUGUACUACUCGGAAGAAAACUGGAGUGGGAUAUCCACAGCUCAGUGCAGUGAUGGAGUGUGCAGAUGCUGCUCAUGGCCUCAAAGGCCACAUCAUUUCAGUAAGACUCAAGGGCAGGAUAGGGUAUGAGCUGGGUUUCUGCAGGGUAUGGAGGUGGCAGAGAUGGAUUAGAAUUCCUGGGUUCUUGUUGGCUUUGAGUUGGGCUGUUGGGACAUCACUGAGGGCUUGGGAAAUCCAUGUUGUGUUCAUAGUGCUCCUUACUUUGCAGGAUGGAGGUUGCAGCUGUCCUGGGGAUGUGGCCAAGGCUUUUGGGGCAGGAGCUGACUUUGUGAUGCUGGGUGGCAUGCUGGCUGGGCACAGUGAGUCAGGUGGUGAGCUCAUCGAGAGGGACGGCAAGAAGUACAAGCUCUUCUAUGGAAUGAGUUCUGAAAUGGCCAUGAAGAAGUAUGCUGGGGGCGUGGCUGAGUACAGGUAUGUGUGGAGGCCCAGGAGCUUAGUAAUAGUAUGGGGGCAGAACUCAUGGCUGCUGAGAGGGGGAUGGUACAGUUCUCAGGAAAAGCAUGGUGAACCGGGGCUCAAUGCUAGGGUCUGGGGAAAAGUCCCUGGGCUUAAGGAAUCCAGAAGAGAAGAUAAUAAAGUUUUUCCUACUUUAAGAGCCUCAGAGGGAAAGACAGUGGAAGUUCCUUUUAAAGGAGAUGUGGAACAUACCAUCCGAGACAUCCUAGGAGGGAUCCGCUCUACAUGUACCUAUGUGGGAGCAGCUAAGCUCAAAGAGUUGAGCAGGAGAACUACCUUCAUUCGAGUCACCCAGCAGGUGAAUCCAAUCUUCAGUGAGGCGUGCUAGACCUGAGCAGUUCUACCCUCCCAAGGCACCAGUACUCUACCAUGGGGCAUCCCAAGUGGGGUCCUCACCCAUCCCAGCUACUGCAGCUCUGUGUUACUUUGUCAUUUCCUGUUGUCUCACUCCUGAGGGCUCCUGCAGUAACUCUGUACUUCUCUAUCUGCACACACAAAAUGCCCAAGGCACUCAAUGGGGAGGAAGCAAGGAAGCAAACAGUCUGAGAAAAUGACGCAAGAAAAUCAAAUGAGAAUCUGGGGACCCAACGUCCUGAAGAUUAUUAAAAGGAAAAGAUUCUGAUUGGUACAUAAAUCUUUUACAUGGCCUUGGUCUAGAGGAGGCAGGCUUUUAGAAUCAUGUUUUGUUAAUCUGCUUCACUAAAUGGGAACUUCACAUAUCUAAAAAGCUCUGAAGUGUUUGUAUAUUUGACAUACCUCAAUAAAGAGAGAGCUCAUUGACUGUAAA